GUGCUGCCCAUAUGUCAAAGUCUUUGUGCUUUUCAAGACAGCGAGGCGACAGAAGGAAAAAAACAGCUGGAUCCAAGGAUCAUUCCAGCUAGCGGCUCUGCUAGCUGUAUCCUCUCCUCAAGCCAGCUAUUUCUCCUCGGUUGGCUGACUUCGACAAGCUGGUUUGGAGGCUGAUGAUGUGGUGUGAAGAUGGAGGCUCCUGAAUACCUGGACCUGGAUGAGAUUGACUUCUCCGAUGAUUCAGUGUAUUCUGUGACGUCUUUGAAAAGCAUCCCAGAGUUGUCCAGGAGGAGUGAUGGCCAGGCCGAGGAGCGACCAGCUCCAGCCAUCAGUUGGAGUCGUGGCGUUUCCUCCCACAGCAGUGGGGGAAUCAAACCUACGGGACUCGCUGAGGUCCACAGUAAGUUCCGGCCGGUAAAGAGGGUUUCACCUCUCAAACACCAACCAGAGACCACUGACUCUGACUCUGAUGGUAAAGUUCAAGUCCAAGGGCUGGUGGAGCCAGGGGAGAGCAGUAAGGAUGACUUAAGCUCUGACAAACAGACUCAAGCCUCCACCUCCACUGAUGGGUCAGGAGGGAAGGCAAAGGGCCUCGGUGGCAGCGUUGGUGUCGUGGGGGGGAACAACCCUCAGGUUCUGUUCGGAGAGCUGGAGCACUAUGAUCUGGACAUGGACGAAAUCCUGGACGUGCCUUAUAUUAAGUCCAGUCAGCAGAUGUCCACGCUGCCUCGCGUGCCUCAUGAUAAGCGAUCAGUGACGGGGAGCAACCUGGGUGGGGGCACCCUGGAGAGGAACAGGGGAGGAGGGCUGAAGAGCUCCGCUUUACCCCAGAACGAGCCCCUGAGUCUGGCCAGCAGCUCACAGUCUCCGUAUUGUGUCCUAUCUCCGGUGAAAUGGUCAGAUCUGAGGAAGUCCAAGUCCAUGGAUCCAGACCUCCACCACCUCCACCGCUCCCCAGCUGGAGGAAGCUACCAGUCAGAGUUGGUCUCCUCUGGACUUCUCAGCUGCUCCUCCUCCCUCUCUUCUUUCUCUGAUGCAGACAAACUACUGUCUGUGCGGGUCUACCAAGACUCCCAAACCCAGAGGCCAAGCGUGGAGCCUCCAGGGGGUCCAGGGCUGAUGUUCCCACUGCCAGGUUGUAGCAUGGGCAGGCAAGAUGCCUCCAAGCCCUGGGCUCCUGGACCAGGAGGAGCAGGUGGAGGCAGUGGUGUCCCAAGGGGAUUUGGAGGAGGUGGAGUAGCAGGUGGGGAGGUGGACGAGGAGACCAAGAAGAACCAGAACAUUAUCAAUAUUGUCAGAGAAGGACAGAUCUCCUUGUUGCCUCACCUGGCAGCAGAUAACUUGGAGCUGAUCAGAGAUGAGGAUGGGAACAACCUGCUGCAUAUCUCAGCCUCUCAGGGUCAUGCUGACUGUCUGCAGCAUCUCACCUCUCUGAUGGGAGAGGACGGCCUCAAUGAGCGGAACAACCAGCAGCUCACUCCUGCUGGUCUGGGAGUGAAGAACGGUCAUCUGGAGUGUGUGAGGUGGAUGGUGAGUGAGACGGAGGCCAUCGCAGAGCUGAGCUGCACCAGAGAGCAUCCCAGUCUGAUCCACUACGCUGCCCGCUAUGGGCAGGAGAAGGUCUUGUUGUGGUUGCUUCAGUUCAUGCAGGAACAGGCAAUCUCACUGGACGAAGUUGACCAGAAUGGAAACACUGCUGUCCAUGUAGCAGCUCAGUAUGGACACCUGACCUGUAUACAGACUCUGGUGGAGUACGGUUCUAAUGUGACCGUCCAGAACCAGCAGGGGGAGCGGCCUUCCCAGAGUGCUGAGCGGCAGGGACACACGACCUGUGCUCGAUACCUGGUUGUCGUGGAAACCUGCAUGUCGUUGGCCUCACAGGUUGUUAAGCUCACCAAACAGCUCAAUGAACAGGCAGCAGAGAGGAUGACUCUACAGAAACAACUGCAGAGAAUGAUGGACCCCAACAAGGCAGAGGGGACCCCUUCCCGAUCACCCAGCUCCCAUCAGCCCUCAGUGGAGGCAUGGCCAGAGAUGAUGCUGACAGCGGAGGGGACUCCAGGUGAUGGUCAGUGGUUGGUUCGUCAGGGAGGAGUGGGUCCGGACUCUGUGUUGCGGCAGCUGCUUGGGAAGGACAUGUCAGAUACACUGUGUCCAAGAGAGAGGCUUCCUCCAGCAGGCGGCCUGAACAGAGAGGGCCCCUGCGGACCCGGGGCUCCUGGGGCCCGCAGAACUGGGCUGGUGGAGAGGAGAGAGCUCAAACUAGCAAGACUCAAACAGAUCAUGCAGCGUUCUCUGAGUGAAUCUGAUUCUGAUGGUUAUCCACCAGAAGAAGGGAAAAAUCAAGGAGCCUCAGCGUCAAACACGUUGCGACCUGAUCGGCCGACCCACCUGCCAGUCACAGAAGAGGAGCCAUUGUCAAACCACCUUAAUCUGAUGAUGAGGACACACCUCCCCUCCUCCUCCACAGCUGACAAGAAGCUGGCGUUUUCUCUUAGCGGAUCAAAGUCGGUGGACAGCAUCGGUUACAACCCCUCCCCCACCUCCAGUGACCCAGAGGCCACUGAUGGUAAAACACCGGAUGCUUCUGCCGACUUCCAUGAUGCGUCUAAUGGCCAAAAAGUUGCCACGAGCCCCAAAAGUGCCCUGAAGUCGCCCUCGUCUCGAAGGAAAACGUCUCAGAACCUCAAACUGAGGGUCACCUUCGACGAGCAGGUCCACAAGAGCUCCAGUCAGGAGACAGAGCAAACCAAAGGGCAUCAUGGGAAGGAAAGGACUCCAACAGGAAGCUCUGAAAGCAAACGACCGUUCGGGGCAUUUCGCUCCAUCAUGGAGACACUGAGCGGAAACACAAAUCACAACAAUAACAACAGCAGUGGUCAGUCAGGCUCUGCUGUUAAACUGUCCACUUGUCAGAACUCACCUGGCAGGAAGUCAGAGAGUAAAGGCAGUCCAGGAGGAGGAGCCAGAGGAAAGGGCAAAACCAGUAACGUUUAACCAAUUGGUGCCUACUGAAGGGCAGAGAGCACAUAACAAACACACCACUACUACAACCAGCAAACAGCAAGAGGCAGUGAACAUGAGAAAUGUAUAGCGAUUAACCUGUUUGACACAUUUUGUGUCAAUUUUGUACCCAUUCUUCCCAGUUUUAUAAAUUUCUGAAACUGAACACACAUACAUAUCUAUGACAUAUCUGUGACUCUUUCCAAUAGUAGAUGUGAUCUCUGAUUGAAGACAGUGUCCAUAAAUUUACUUAGAUAUCAAAUUAAAAAAUACCCCAGAUUCAAACAAGUAUAGAUGUACAUAUAUACAAGUAUAGUGUUCAGCUGUCUAAGUCACGUAUCAUGGGAACUAUAGUACCAAAACUCAGAAAAUAUCAGUCCUAAGGGAAAUUAAAACAAAGCAACCCAUUUGCUUUGUUUUCUUGUUAAGCUGAAAUAAGGCUCAGAAUGUUCCAUCAAUAUAGGUGUUUUUAUAUCCCUGGAAAAAUGAUCCUCUCCUCCAUCAUUCAAAUGCUGUUAUUUAAUGUGUUAUGAAAUUAUGUGAACAUAUACACAAGAAAUGUAAUUUCAAAUUAGAUUAGCAUGCAUUAGCAAGCAUUUCUAAGUGGGUUAACUUAACUUAUCCUGAAAAUAAAGUAAAAUAAUAUGUGACAGGGAGUAAGUUUGCUUCAAGGUUGGAAGGGUUAACAGGGUUUUCAGUAAAGGACAGUAAACUACAGCAACAUAAAAAAACAUCGGCCACUUCAUAUUUUAACAAUUUACUUAGAUGUUUAAUGACUUGACUAAUCAAGAGUGUGAUUUGUUCACUUGAAGGUAAAGUUAUAUCUACAGCCACAGUUUGUUUAUUUGGCCCAAGUCACAGUGGUGAAAAACUAACUUGAUUUAAUUUUUUUCAUUUGGUUUGGAUACAUUCACAUCAGCUGAUUAGGAGCUGGCCAGCUCUUGUAAACAAACAAAUAAACAAACUUUGUUUAUUGAACCUGGUGUCUUGCCAAUUUGUCUCUUUUAAUACAGGAGACUUCAUUUAUUUAUUCAUAAUGACAGUGGCUUUUAGACUGCACACAGAGACAAUAAAAAGUUGACUCAGGGAGUCAACGUCUGUCUUCUUUUAACCAUAAUCCUUUGUUUAUAUUACCACCAGAAAUAUGAACUAUAAUAGAAUAUAUAUAAUAGAAAUAUAAAUUUAACUCAAGGUUGACUUACUAACUUUUUCUGGACGUUUAAACACCAACUUGCCAAUGGAUGGAGUUUUUUUCUCUUGUCACCGCAUGUGUCAGCUCCAAAAAAGCAAUAAAUAGGCUGUUUUUAUUGUUAUUUUGUCAAACUACGACUCCUGAGGUCAAGUAUUAACAUUCAAAAAACACAUUAUUUUUUAUCAAGAGAGUGGUUUAAUUUCAGCAAUAACACUAUUUUAUGAAACUUCCUUUCUUCCUCUUCCUUUCUUAGUUAUACUGAAGCUUUUGAGAUAACGUUUCUCAUGUUCUUUGCCUCAAACGUUUGAUUUAUGAUGGUUUUUAUACAGUUAAAGGACUGAAAGACAAGAACAGAAACUGUCUCAGCUCUGUUCUGUUUGUUAAAAUGUAUUUCAUGCUGUUAUUCAGAGACGGAUAUUGAGACGAAAGUUUGUGUGUAAUGGAUUUGAAGCAGUUGUUUUUAUUGACAGACUAAAGGAAAUUUGUGUAUUAAUCAGUGUCCUGCAGAGACCUCAUCUCUCCAUAAUUCACCUUUUCAUACAUUUUUUAUCACAUUUAGUUUGUUUGUUUGUUUCGACUUCCAGAACUUUUCCAGAGUUAUUUGGUCUGCAAAACAAAACAAAAAAAGAGUGUCAAAACAUAAUCUUUCUAAACGGAGAUUAUAGGCUUCUGUUUUGCUGCCACUCUGUUACUGUAUUCUGAACUCCACUAAAGAUGAAUAUUAGUAUUUAUGUUUAAGCACAUAGUUAUAUGAUUUGAAAUCCUAAAAAAUGUGGUUAUAAUCACACGUCGUUAACGUGCACUGGCACAAAAAAUGUUUUUCAAACCACUGUAUAUGUAGUAUUUAAUUUUUUUCAUCAUAUUCCACACAUUUUUUUAAUUUCCAUGGUUAUUAUCUAUGCAGUAUUUGUGGCAUGAAGUAGACUUUAGUUGUGUGAUGUGUUUGAGACGGGGAGGUUUAAGGAUGCACCUUCUACAGCGGCUGACAAACCGAUCAUAUGAACUUUAAAUAGAAAGAAGAAGAAGCGGAUGAAGCAGAAGUUUAAACUUGUCAUUCCAGAGAUUAUAUACAGCUUCCAGGAGAUUGUGAACAUUGGCAAACUGUCACAGAGCAUGAAAGUAGAAGGCUAAGGCUGUUAUCUAACGCUCUUCUCCACUGUUCAGACAUCAGUGAGUCGGUAUAUGAUAGCAGAUAAUGUUAAACACAAAUGUUUUUAUUUGAUCACUUUUCUUAUGAUUUCCAUUUUAGGCUAAAUUCUACCAUGUACAUGACGAUAAGUUGGAAUCAACUGUUUGAACAUUGAUUCUGGCUCUGUGUAACUCCAAAACUGUUGUCGUCUGUAAUUUUCUGGGCCUUUGAUGGUGAAUACAGACACAAAAGCUUCACUAGCCCCAAGAGGCUACAGAAUUCAUUAAACUUAUGUAGCUUUUUUACAGUAUUAGGGUUAAAACUAAGUUUCUUCCUCAGGGUGGUGCUAGAAGGAAGGUCAAAGGGUUCACCAGAAUCAGUAGAAAUCACCAUAAGUAUCAACAUUUCUAUGAAAAUCUGACCAGGACUUAAAAUUCAUUCAUCUGUUUCAUGUCAUCAGUCAGUGUUUACCUCUGUGUGUUAAAUCUAGUUUUAGCAUAAAGACUGGAGACAAAUUAGAGAAAAUGUCAGUGUUUCUUUUAGCCUCACCACUAACUAAGUGAACAUCAUUCUCCUUGCCAUUUUGUUUUUAUUGUGUAUGAAAGAACUCAGAACAGAAAUACAGAUUACAGCCUUGGCUCUCUAAUUUGUAGCUUUGAGGGGAACUGGAACACAUUGGCCAUGUUUUUGAUACAUGUUUACGUUAAUACAAAUACUGUGUUUGGUUCUGAUGCAGCUGAAACUGACCAUUGUUAGACAUCAGUCUGUAGAGUUCUUCUUUCACAUUCCUUUUUGUUUAUGUAUCUGUAGUUUGGAUUAGCGAGAUUCUGCUGUGCAGUUCACUUCAGGUUCGCAAAGACCUUUUUUGCAGUUUACCAUUUUUAGGUUUACACACUCCUAUACUGUUGUAGUUCUUCAUUUGGGAGAUGAUGGUGGAUAUUUUUGUGGCAGUGGAGUCUGGGAGGAUUUACCCGCAUCCAGUUUUCUUAUUCUGACUUGUUAAAGGGAACAUUCAGCAUUUUAAUGUCUUCACUAGAGUCAGGUGAGCAGGUCAUUUUAAGUCUUUUGGUUUAGUAAAGGUACACUACUGAAUGAUUAGCUAAGAAGCUGCUGGACAAUCAGAUGGAUUUCUGACAGAAAUACUGGUCAGACAUGUGCAGUUUUUGCAAUAGUGAUUUCUCCAUGUGGCUUCCAUCAAAAGAUCUGUUAUAAACUGCAAUGAGCCCUAGAUGAUACAAGACUAUGUCUUUCCAAUUCAUCCAUCCUUUUUUUCUACCCUUCUGCUUUUCAUUCAAAGUAGAAAUGCAAAAUUUCUAUCUUUUUCAUUUUUGUCUGCAUUUUGGAAAUAGGACCAUCUUGAUUCAAUAAAACUUUAUUCAAAGGACCAAUUCUCACAUCCAGCUUUGUGUUUAUGUUCAUUGUGAGCACCUUUCAGCUUUCAACUUGCAGUCAAUGUAUAGCAGGUUAGCAGAACAUACAAAAAAUGAAGUGAAAUUUCUCUAAAACUAAUUAACAAAACUCAACACAACUAACUACAAUAACAAUAAGAAAACACUGUCUAUGCCUACCAUCUCAUUUGUCAAUUAAUUCUUUCCGGGAGACAACAUUAGGUAACUACACACUCAUUAAGUAGACUUACCAGAAAUUUUUAGGUUUUCCAACUGUGUAGGCUGGAGUUACCAGGGAAACUUCCAAUCUCAAUUGCCUUAAAAUUUCGCUUACUGCUAAAACAAUCAGUGUUCUGACAGUGGGUUUGUUUUAUUUAACGUGUCUGCAUUGUGACCACUUCUUUAGGACACCAGAAAGGACAUUGGCAUUGUUAAUGUGGUAUCUUUCUACAGAGGAGACAAACUAAACUCCACCUGUUUUACUCUAUUGUUAUUUUUUAUGAACUUUUUAGAUGGACAGUGUUGCUGCAUCGACUUGGAAGUUUACUCUCGAUGCAAAAAAAAAAAAAAAAAAAUGAAUGAAUGUUGGAGGUCUAAACUGAAUUCAGUUUUGUUUUGUUUUUUUACUAACCAGCAUGUACAGAGACAGACAACUGCUCUUCUGUCCUUCUGUUAUUGAAGCGGUUGUGAAACUGAAAUAAAUUCUUACCUUGAGCAAAUAA